CGUCAGAUUCUGGGAGUGGAGACAGAACUAGGAAGAGUGAGAAGGGAUCGUUAGCUGGCCUCGUUUAUGGAAAGAGCUGGGUGCCGUAUACUUUACUUUGGGAGUUACAACCUCCUAACUAUCGCAAUGUGCGCAACAGGAGACAGAAACCGAGACUCCGAUUUAGCCCCUUUCUGACUAAGCCGGUAUCCUGCGUUUGGAGAAGUAUUUUACUUUUCUUAAUUAUUUUAAGCAGCACUACACCUACACUGUAAACAAUCCAGGGCAGGUAGGGAAGUUAAGCCGGAAGAACUUGCAGUACAAGAAACACUGUUUUCAAAAUGCAUUACUGAAUUAUCCUGUAUUUUUUCACCACUUGUGAUUAUUAUUGCACGAGUUUGCAAAAAAUCCUUAAGCGAAUCGAUAGUUUUUAAAUUGAGUGUAUAUAUCAUUUUAAAAUUAAACCGUGGGUCCUUGGGACGAAAUGGAAACAACCAUGACUGAUUUGAGAAAAAAGAAGCUUUUUGUUUUAAUGGAUGUCAUUUGCGUUUUGGUGGCCGCACUGCCCUCCAUAAUCAUGAACCUGCUCUGCAUGCCAUACCAGCGAACAGUUAACUGUGAAGACGAGAGCAUCAGGUACCCUUACAAGGAGGACACCAUCACUCACGGUCUGAUGGCGGCCGUCACCAUCAGCUGCACCGUCAUCAUUAUAUGUUCUGGUGAAGCCUACUUGGUCUACAGCAAGAAGAUUCGCUCAAACAGUGACUUCAACCAGUAUGUGGCCGCACUUUAUAAGGUGGUGGGUACCUUCCUGUUUGGAGCGGCCGUCAGCCAGUCCCUAACCGACCUGGCGAAGUACACCAUCGGACGUCCGCGCCCCAACUUCAUGGCGGUCUGUGCUCCCAAAACCUGCAAGGGCAAUGCGCUGCAGAUCAACUGCUCUGGCAGCAUAGCCAACGUUACAGAGUCCAGGUUGUCCUUCUACUCUGGACACUCUUCCUUUGGGAUGUACUGCAUGCUGUUCUUGGCGCUGUACGUUCAGGCCCGGCUGGUGGCAAAAUGGGCCCGACUUCUGCGACCCACAAUCCAGUUCUUCCUCUUGGCGUUUGCUGUCUACGUGGGCUAUACCCGGGUGUCUGACUACAAGCACCACUGGAGUGAUGUUCUGACAGGUCUCCUGCAGGGGGCGCUCAUCGCCAUCCUCAUCGUGCGCUACGUGUCGGACUUCUUCAAGAUGCGCCCCCCGCGCUGCUCGAGUCCUGAGACGCCUGAGAGUGAGGAGCUGGAACACAAGCAUAGCCUGCAGGUCGGCGACACUGAGCGCAGCAACCAUUUCGGCUACCCAAGCUCAGCGUGAUGGGGGGGGGGGUUCCUGAAUGCUGCUCAAACUUCGGACCGAAUGGCAGCGGAGGCGGCGCACGGUGGACGUGCCCGGUGAUCUCGACGUGCCUGCCCGCCUUCCCCACAGAUGCAAGCGCCUGGCAGACUUGCUCCGCCGCAUAUGACUGCAUUUAAUUCUUCCAUUUCUCGUCCCGAGUUAGUAGUGUAAAGCUGGACUGUGAAAAGCGACCUUUUUAUACUAAGCUGGUGGGGGCAGUGAAUGUUUCUGUACAAAAGGUGGAAUGUGAGGAUGGGUGUGGGGGGGGGAGGGGCAACGCAGAUGCAGUGAUUAAUUAAAGGCCAGUGGACUGACACUGACAGCAGGUUCUUGUAUUACUACAUUUUGACUAGAGGAACGAAUUUCCUUUUCUUCCCAAUACUGGCCACCUUGUGGAGGAUUCUGGGUAGUGGCUGCACGCUUGCUGCAUGGCCCAGAGUUUGGGUAUCUUAAUCGGAGUGGAUACGGCUUCUUUAUCCUAUGUAUGUGCCUGGCAGCAUAUGGUAAGUAGUUCCAGUUUAUAUUGGGAACUAACUGACAUGGACACUAGGUGUUUCCCAGUCUUGUGCACCUUGUGACUAAUCCACACCCCUCCUGAGGUUUUUAAAUCCCUGUAUUAAUUACAUUACCAUAAAGCCAAGCUGGGCUUAUGCUUUAAAGAUUUUUAUUUUCUGACGUUUGUGUUAGCACUGUCGCCUCACACCUCUGGCGCCCGGGUUCGAGUCUCCAUCGUGGCUCCCUGUGUGUGGAGUUUGCAUGUUCUCCCCGUGUCAUCGUGGGGUUUCCUCCCAGUACUCCGGUUUCCCCACACAGUCCAAAAACAUGCAAAGUAGUUUGGAGUUGCCAAAUUGCCCAUGGGUGUGAAUGGUAUGUGUACAUGGAUUGGCGCCAUGUCCUGGGUUAUUCCCUGCAUUGUGCCUGUAGGUCUUGAGGCAAGAUCCAGAUCCCGGCAAACCGGAGAAGUGAGGAUGGAUGAAUGGAUAUUUCAGGAUAAAAUACCACUAUAUAUUAUUCACGAUUUCAACAUAAACACAUUUAAUACAGGAAAUAUCAGCAUUUAGAAUAGACAUUUCGAAACUGGUAUAUUUGUCAUGCAUGUUUUGAUCUUUUCAAAAUUAAACACAGUCCCUGCCAUUCCCAACCUCAAUUUGCAUCUUUCUAAAAACUGGAGCAUUAGACCCAUGUUGAACAUUAAUUAGACUUCUAUUUCAGCAAAUUAAUUAUGCUUUUCAACAUGAGAGAGUAGUCUCGCUUUAUUUAUUUUUCCCGUUUUUAUUUAUAGUAAAUGAUGAGGCUAAUGACCUGCUUUACAGAACCUUGUAUGAAAUGUCGUAUAUCGGAGUUAAGAUAUUGUGCUCAGAUUUCUAAUGACAGAGGUUUUUUAAAAAAUUAUACGAUGUGUAUACUGUUGCAUAUGUACUAAGUAACGCGACAAUUUCUGGGUGCAAGUUUUAAGUUGAUCUCUAAAGGUUGUAAGAAAUGUAUACCUUUUUUUUCUUGGGCCAGCCAUUAUUUUGUCCCAUUGUGUAAAUAUGGGUGGUAUUAAACUCUGAGAUCAUGAUUAUAUAAGCGUCUUUAUAAAACGCUGGCAAAAGCAUUACCCUUUCGUGGACUGUACUGGUGACGACAGCCCCCUCUAAGGGCUUGAGGUCGAAAGACCCCCUGACAGACUGAGUUUUCCAUCCCCCCGGUUCUGUGUCGACGGCCAGCUGUGUCAGAAAGAGUCAUGGACCAGAAGGAAGAGCCAUCGAUCACGUGGCCGACUAGUCCGCCAGGCUGGAUGCGCUACAAUGUAAACCUCUGCUAACCUACGCCGGGUUAUUUUUGUUGAAGGUUUCAGGUGCCUGAAAUUGACACCCUGGUAUUUCUGGAAUGAGGAGAGGAGGUUGAGGAGCAUCUAGUCAUAAGUACCGAAGUGUUUACAGUGUGCCUUUAUACUGCGGCUCUUCCCCGUCACCCUGUAAUUUUCGACUGCCUGUCUUUUUAUACGCACGGUUAUACAUUUGUAGGCUUGUUUUUAAUCUUAUGUAUAUUUGUCAUUGACGUUUAUGCGACUGUGAGUUGUCCCCCCCUCCCCGAAGUAAACAUUGUCUGGUUUACAUAACUGGUCACGUGAUGUGCUGAAGCUUUGUUUGCAGGAUAAUAGCUCUUGUUUUUUCCAGUUCCAGCCGGUAUUGCAGGUUACUUGUUUUUUUUUAAUGGUUACUUAUCUUACCGUUCAGAUAUUGGAGUCCCAGCCCCCACACGCAUAGCGACAAUUUUCAGACCUUUCUGCUUUAUCCCAAUCACCAUUUCUGUGUUUUAUUUCCACUGAACCACUUUCAGGACAUUUAUUUUUUUCAGCUUUUGAAUUCUCCGUGGUUGUUCAUUCUAACCUUAAAUUUUUAGAUGGGGGUAGCUUGAGUGGCCAUUAUUAUGUUCUAAACAGUCAACUCUGGUUAUAGAUGUCCGCAGUUUUGAAUCCUUACUUGGUAGCGUAUGGAUUGCGUCAUAACCUUCAGCAGACAGAACAGUUUGCGCCUAUGUUUAACUCUGUUAGUGGAUGCUGUUUUUCCAGACCAUAUUACCUGCCUGUUGUAACAGGAACACUUAUAGCAAUCUUCAGAAUAUCAUAAGCAGUAAGUUGACGUUCGCGUAUGUGGAAUAAUGUAUUAUGACUAUAACAUUUCGAUGCACAUUACGAUGAUAUCUUUGCUAAGCUAAUGCUUUUAUCCAAAUCUGGAAACGUGAAGCCAUUCACAUAACUAAUUCUCAAGACUACUAAAGUCUGCAGUUUACAAGCCCACAUUUUUAAACAUCAUACUAUUUGCUUCAUAACAAAUGAACACUGUCUUUGCGCCACGUGUUCGGAGUACCAUGGGACAUACUAAGGUUUGUUUAAAGAGUAGCUCUGAGAUCCUGCUAGGAAUGCUGAGGGGUGCGUUCCUCUUCUCUUGGAGCUUUGAGGAUUCAAAACGGGUAAUGCGGCGUACUGCCUUCGGGCUGGGAAACUCUCGUGUGCGUGUGAAGCACGAUGUAACUUUAAGAGAGUUCUGCAGGCAUUUUCCCCAUGUGGAAUUUUGAUUUAUCAUGAAAGGAGAUGAGGGACCAAGCCUGCCUGUUUCACUUGCCGCCUGUUUUGAACUUUUAUUUUGACAUGGGAAUUGUAUUACUCAGAGUACUCGUAAGCCUGGUUGUUAAGGUUGCAUUGGGCCUUCCACCUCCUUUCAUUAGUAGGGUACUGAGUCCUGCAUGAGUACUCAUUGAUCGUGGGCGUCCUGCUGAGAUGUCCAGGCCUUUGAUUUACAUUCGACCAACUCUAAUGAAUCCUCAGGAGAGCCUCGUUUAGAGCCUCGUUUAGAUCCUAUGCUUCCGCCUUCCUUUUGAACGCAAGUCCUCCACCUGUGUUUAUUCCUGAGCCUUCAGCCAGACUUAUGAAGCGGCACAGACACGAUGAGAGAAAACGAAAUUACAGUAUUUCUUUGUGCAGGACUGGAUUAUUAACUGGGAUAUUUUAAACCAAAAUAAACACCCAUUUAUAUGUUAAAUUAUUAUUUAUGUGGCAAUAGCUGUAAACUCGCAUUUAAGAUAUUACUCAGACAUUUGGCUUGUAGUUAGUGUUGAUUUUGCAUUUUAGGUCUCCUGAGUACUGUGUGUGAGCAUUCAAAGAGUAAAUGUAGCUACUCAACUAGAUGCUAAUGAGAAUCAUUGCUGCCAGCAUAGUAAGGAAUAAUAUAAAUACAUACUCUAACCAGCAUAAAUUAUUUUUAUCAUUGACCACUGAGCCCAGGGCAGUUUACUCAUCGGUGAUGAAUAACACAAACCAGAAAUCAUUUUCUUUAUGACAAACUCCAGGUGGCGCAACCCGUAAUGGAGUAAUAUUUUUUUAAUUUUCAUUCAUUUUCAUUUAAGAGGUUUAUUAAUGACUCUACAGUCUCCUUAAUGGGUGUGGCCCAAAACACUGAGCUGUAUCAAUACUGAGGAUCAGUCAUCUUGAGGUAGUGGUUCAUGUUCUCUUUGGUAUGUGUGACACGUCAUUGUCAUAAGAGAAAGACCUUUUUGUGCUGAAAUGCAUAAUGUCUGCUGUCCAGAAUCUAUGAGGUAACAUUCCUGGUGAACGGAGAUGUCCUGGGGGAGGGUUGCUGGUAAACUGUGGUUCUCAAGGACUCAAAAUAGUCUUUUAUGGAUCCAAACUAAGAAAAAAAUGUAGGCCUCACACAGGGGUGGUCUGUGAGGCUUGUAAAAGAAGGUCUGUUUAUAUUUCAUAAUUAAAUUUGGUUGUAUUUAUCUAAGCACAUAUUUAUAUUUUGUUACUGUUGGCUCUGAACAUGUGCACUUCACAACAAUAGUACAUUCAAACUCAUAGUUUGAGGGGAAGCUCUGUUUUUUAAAUCAUGUUCUUCAAACUGUCAAGGCUGAAGCAUCAGGAUGUCCUUCUACGAUUUCACAAUAAGCGUAUUAGAGAUAUUUGAUAACUUUGUUGUUUUUUUCUCCCUAAUGCUGAGGUAACUCUUGGUCUUUCUCACAACCUGCCUAUUGAUUCUGGCAACUGUAAUGCAGGGAUCUCAUUUCGGAUUUAAAACAUGCAUCGCGUGGUCACUCCUCAUUUUUAAUGGUCUCAGAUGUUGCAAAAUGCAAAGUGCCUGACCAAAGAGACACCAUGUCUAUGGGGGUAUUCCCUGGUGUGACAUCUCUCCAUUCUCCCAUUUACUUAUUUGGUAAUGCUUCACAUUAACUACACCUUCAUAAUGCAUUCAUAGAACAUUCAUAAGCAUGCAAGUAUUCCUUAAUGUCCUGACAUACCUUAACAGCCUUAAUAAACAUUAUAAUCAUAUAAUGUUUAUUAUUAUUGUAUAUUAAAGUUAAGGUAUGUUAGAACAUUCAAGUAUACUUACAUGCUGCUUAUGAAUGUUCUAUGAAUGCAUUAUGAAGGUGCAGUUAAUGUAAAGCACUACCGGUUAUUUUAAGUUGGUAGUGCUGUGUCAGGGUUUUACCCACUCAGACUGGAAAUUAAUUAAACAGGGCAUAUGGCCUCCUGCCCAGUUUGGUCUUGAUGGUUUUUAUAUACGGCUGAAUUUAUUAUUCUCAUAUUUUCUUUGUUGUUUCACUGACAAUUGUGAGAAUAAAAUGGGAAUUGCAAACUAA